AUGGCAGAAGGAGAUAAUUCUCUCCAUAGCUUGUUUGCUUCUGGCGAAACUUUAUAUAAUUCAAUUGAAAACUCAGAUCUUGCGUCUUCUGAUAUAAAAUAUCAGGAAGAUGUUCGCCGCGCCUUAGAAUGCUUUUCAAAAAUGGAAGCGUAUCUUGGAAAUCUUACUUCUAAAUUGAUUGAGGGUGAAAGACUUGAUAUAUUGAAAAGAGCAAGGCAAUAUCAUGAGCAAUUCCUUCGAAAUGUUGAAUUGCAUGAGAUCUUAACAAAAGAGGAUAGGGAUUAUAUGGAGCAAGCAAGUAACGAUCUCACAAAAAACGCAGCAAAGACACGUGAAAUCAAGAUUGCUCGUUACAAGCGAAAAAUUGCACUAGAAAAGGAAAUAAAAGAAUUAGAACAACAGUUUGAAACUUUGGGAGAGAGAAUCGAUGAGAACAUAAAGCGCAAACAUGUCCUUAAACUUGUAGAAUUAUUUAUUCAAAAAUCUCUUGAUGAAUUGGCCUCAAUAAAACAAGAAACAGAAUUGCUCGAAAAAAUGCGGAUGACUUUAAAUCAGGGUAUUGAACAAAAAAAGACGGACGAAUUGUAUAAAGCUGAUUCACGAUUAAGAAAUCCCAACGGUCCUUUGUUGUCCAAGGAAGGUCGGCCACUUCAGCCAUUCAUAAUUACCAAUAAACGAGAAGCAAUACAAAAAGAAGUAUUUCGACCUGGUUGGCGAUUACCCACAAUGACAGUUGAUGAAUAUCUUCAACAGGAAAUGGAAAGAGGCAAUAUAAUAAGUGGAGGAGGCAAAAUACCAGAAAAAAAAGAAAUUGAUGAUAAUGAUGAAAGUGCAAUAGACGCAGCGACGUAUAAAGCCCGCGAAAUGGAUGAAUUUAAAGAUGCAAAUCCACGCGGUUGGGGAAAUCGUAUGGGCAAGGGAUAA